CCCUCUACCACAAUACCUCUCUUCAUCUUCUUCCUUUUUCCCAAAUACUCCCUACAUUAUAUUAGAGACUCUUCUCUCUUCCUACAUUUCAUAUAUACAUACAGGAACUUGAUCAAGAACAAAUAUAUCAAUAUAUAUACAUAUAUCUAUCUACCUUUAUAUGAAUGGCUUGUUUAGGGAAGAUGAUAGCAGCAGCAGUUGUUGCUUUCAUGAUUCUUGGAAUAGCUUCGGCCUCUGAUCCUGAUAUGCUCCAAGAUCUUUGUGUUGCCGAUCUCACCUCAGAUGUGAAGGUGAACGGAUUCGCGUGCAAGAAGAACUUCACGGCGGCGGAUUUCUCGUCAAAGGCGUUGGCCAAGGGCGGAGCAACCAAUAACACGGUGGGUUCAAUCGUGACACCGGCGAACGUGGAGAAAAUCCCCGGUCUGAACACCCUCGGGAUCUCCAUGUCCCGGGCGGACUACGCGCCGGGCGGGUUGAACCCGCCGCACACGCACCCACGCGCCACCGAGAUCAUCUUCGUUCUCGAAGGAGAGCUGGAGGUGGGAUUCAUCACCACCGCGAAUGAAUUGUUCACGAAGCGCCUCACCAAGGGCGAGGUCUUUGUGUUCCCCAGGGGGCUUGUCCAUUUCCAGAGGAAUCCCGGGAAGGUCCCGGCCGCCGUGAUCGCCGCCUUCAACAGCCAGUUUCCGGGAACGCAGUCGAUCGCCGCCGCCCUGUUCGCGGCGGCGCCCGCCGUCCCCGAUGAAGUGUUGACUAAGGCUUUCCGAGUUGGGACGAAAGAGGUGGGGAAAAUCAAGUCUAGAUUGGCACCAAAGAAGUGAACAAAAUUCAACUCUGGACCAAUGGUUCAAUCAUUGUACUGUAAUUUAUUUAUUUUUCGCUUCCAAUUUGUUGACAAUAAUGAAAUUAAAAGUUCCACAAUUCAAAACGACAAUUUCCGCACCCAAAGAUAAAGGUAGCCUUUGAAAGUGCAUUUUAUUUUGAUUUCAAAAUUUAAAGAUCAAUGAUAAGGGUACACUAAAAUGUAUUCUAUUUG